AUGGCAGAUCUCUUGACGUUGCAGCAGAUCACAGAGCUGAAGGAGGCCUUCGCCGUGUUUGACAAGGACUCCGACGGGAGCAUCACAGUGGAUGAUCUUGGUGAGGUCUUCGAGGCCAUCGGUCAGAAGGUAUCACGGAAGAAGCUCCAUGCGAUGAUGGCCGAGGCCGACUUGGACGCCAAUGGUGUGAUUGACUUCCCGGAGUUCCUCACGCUCGCUGCCACCAAACUCAAUGACCCGGAGGAAAAGGAACUGGAGCUGCGCCGCGCCUUCAGCAUCUACGAUCUUGGAAAUACUGGGUUUAUCAAUGCCACUGACCUGCGAUUUGUCAUGGGCCGGUUAGGCUGCCCUCUCUCAAUGGCGCAGGCAUUUGAGAUGAUCGGCGAGGCAGAUAUUGACGGGGAUGGAUGCCUAAGCUUCAACGAGUUUCGGCGGGUUAUGAUCGAGGGGUGGCCUUGA